UCCCCUUGGUAAAAUGGCGGUCUCGUUGAGUGAGUCUUUUUCUAGUUACGACGGAGAAGAAGACGCGAUUAUUCGCAUUCAGGCCUUCCUCAGGGGAACAUUGACCAGGAAAUCUCUGCAAGAAGUUCAGAAAGAGUACGAGUCCAUUGUAGCAGAGGUGGAGGACGAUGAUUACAGAACUCACGUAGACUGGAAAUGUCAUCAUCUUUGUCUACCUCUGGUUCACAGAGAGGGAAAGGGGCGAUGUGUGAGACCUCCCACGCUGCCCAGAUUGUCUCAUGAUAAUACAAAUAAUAUGGGAUCACAUUUGCUCGUGAAAACUCCAGAAAAACCUGCUCAAGCAAGAUGCUCUCAAGGUCAAAAUGUUGACCCUUCUGGUGGAAGAAAUGGCACAGGUGAAACUGAAAACUUCCAUGUGAAGAGUGACAAGAAAGAUAGGGAAUGUUUUAGAGAAGACAAUAGGUCGCAAUUGUCAAAGCUUGGAAUUCAAGUUGAAAGUGAAUCAUCUCCCAAUACAUUGACCUUACAUGGAAAUUCUAAAGGUAACUAUGACAGUCCAGAUGAUGUACCAGAACACCCAUUUGAAGAUGACACUGUCUCUGGAGGUGAAAGUCAAGGUCAUCUAGAGCCUCUUGUCUGCGACAUACUGGCCUCUCUUUCAGCUGACAGUGAAGACAGCGACACAGACCCUGUACAGCAGAACAGAUCAUUACACAGGAGUAAUCCAGGUCAUCCAAGGAACAAUGAGGCAUUUCCUCAGGACACAGAUAUCACUGUGACAGUUCCACCCAGUACUGGGCAGGAAGCAUACACUACACGAGAAAAUGACAUGGACGUGUCAGAGGCCGAAAAACAUGAAACAGAAAAUUGCAGAGAAAUUGGAGCAAAAGUCUCCAAAGAUUUAGGGAAUACUUCGAAUGGGUCUCCCUUCAAAAAAGAUAAAAUCCGUGCUGCCAAAGAACAAACUAAAUUAAAGGAUCAGGAACCAUCAGGGACAAAAUUGACACCAACAUCUCAAAUAAAUGGCGCAGUCAGUCCCCCUGCCUCUCCAUUUCCUGUGAGAGAAGAGAUAGCUAACCAACCACGACGAGACUAUCAACUGAACAGCCAAUCACCAUCUGGUUUACAUCCUGGCAGGGAGGAGACAGCUGACCAAUCAAGACAAGCCUAUCAACUGAACAGCCAAUCACCAUCUGGUUUACAUCCUGGCAGGGAGGAGACAGCUGACCAAUCAAGACAAGCCUAUCAACUGAACAGCCAAUCACCAUCUGGUUUACAUCCAGGGAGGAGGUCCAAGGGCCCCCAUGACAGCAGUGCGGUCAGUGAGAUGACUUCAGUGUGGGACACUAUGCUCUCCAUGGAAGAAGCAGCAUUAGUCAGUACAGAGUAUCCCAGAGAUGUGAAGUCAUUACAAGAACUGAGGAGUAACGUCGCCAUGGAACUGCUGUGGGUGCAGCAGGCGAUAGAGAGCAGGAAAAAUUAUCUGAGACUGAAGACAAAGAUGCAGGACCAGAGCAGCUGAUGUCAGAUGUCAGGGGUCAUGUUUGGAGCUGCAGAGUUGCAGGGUUCUGUGUUUACAGAAAAAAAAAGCAUGUCGUGUUCAAAGCAAUAAGUCGGCUUGUUGCUGAAUUGUGAAUUCAAAGGUUAAAAACCCAGGACUCUAAUUUUCUGCUUUAGACAUGAAAAUC